GCUAUAAAAUCCCAGUCAUUGAGAACCUGGGGGCCACUCUGGACCAGUUUGAUGCCAUCGAUUUCUCUGACAACGAGAUCCGCAAGCUGGACGGGUUCCCGCUGCUGCGGAGGCUGAAAACGCUCCUGAUGAACAACAACAGGAUUUGUCGGAUUGGGGAGAACCUGGAGCAGGCUCUGCCCAGCCUCACAGAGCUCAUUCUCACCAACAACAACAUUGCUGAACUGGGUGAACUGGAUCCGUUAUCAAGUAUUAAAUCUUUGACUUACCUGAGCGUUCUAAGGAAUCCUGUAACAAAUAAGAAACAUUACAGAUUAUAUCUAAUUCAUAAAGUUCCCCAGGUCAGAGUGCUGGAUUUUCAAAAAGUGAAGCUCAAAGAGCGACAGGAGGCAGAGAAAAUGUUCAAGGGCAAACGGGGUGCACAGCUUGCAAAGGAUAUUGCCAGGAGAGCAAAAACCUUCAAUCCAGGGGCUGGCCUGCCAACAGACAAAAAGAAAACUGGGCCUUCCCCAGGGGACGUGGAGGCAAUUAAGACUGCCAUCGCCAACGCCUCCACCCUGGCGGAGGUGGAGCGGCUGAAGGGGCUGCUGCAGGCGGGCCAGAUCCCCGGCAGGGAGCGCAAACCAG